GGCCAGCGCGCCGGAUGUGACGUGUCAGCGUUUCCGGGUCGGAGCCGGCAACAUGGCGGCCGUCACGCAGCUUCAGGUUUCUGAGACACUGAAGAGGUUUGCAGUGAAAGUGACUACAUCCAGCGUAAAGGAACGGAGAGAGAUCCUUAAUGAACUUGGAAGAUGCAUCACAGGGAAAGAUCUGCCAGAAGGCACAGUGAAAGGCCUCUGUAAGCUGUUCUGCCUCACUCUGCAUCGAUACAGAGAUGCAGCAUCCCUCAGAGCCCUCCAGUCGGCCCUGCAGCAGCUUGUCGAAUGCCAGCCAGAAGCCACUGCUAAGAACCUCCUGCAGUCGCUGCAGUCUUCAGGAAUCAGUAGCAAGGCUGGAGGACCCAGUAAGAGCAAUGGGUCUGCAGCCUUGCUGGCUCUCUCUUGGACUUGCCUGCUGGUCCGCAUCGUCUUUGCCACACAUGACAAGAGACAAGGAGAAACAUGGGAGAAGCUGGUGGAGGUUCAGUGUUUGCUUCUGCUGGAGGUUCUGGGUGGCUCUCGUAAGCCUGCGGUGGACGGGGCUGUGAAGAAACUGAACAGAAUGUGGAAAGAGAACCCUGGGCUGGCGGAUCAGUACCUCUCCGUCAUUCUGGGCCUUGAGGCCAGCCAAGGCUACGCAGCCAUGCUGGGCCUGCUGGUGCAGUUCUGUACCAGCCAGAAAGAGCUUGGCGUCAUCAACCGGCACAAGAGUGCCCUCCUUGGUUUUUACAUCAAGACCAUUCUGAUGAGCAAGACCAAGCCUCAGAAGCAUCUUCUGGACAACUGUGCCCCUCUCCUCCGGUACGUGUCUCAUGCCGAAUUCAAGGACCUCAUCUUGCCAGCCUUGCAAAAAUCUCUCCUGCGGAGCCCCGAGAACGCCAUUGAAACAAUUUCCUGUUUGUUGGCAUCUGUAACCCUGGACCUCAGCCAGUAUGCUCUGGACAUCACAAAAGGGCUGGCCAGCCAGUUGAAGUCCAACAGUUCUCAGCUGAUGGACGAGGCCAUCGUGGCUUUGAAGAACCUGUCUCGGCAGUGCAGCGACCCAUCCACAGUGGAGUCUCUGGGGAAACAUCUGUUUACCAUCUUGGGCGGUGCGGAGGGGAAGCUGACAGUUGUGGCACAGAAGAUAAGUGUCCUCUCAGGGAUUGGCAGUUGUAGCCACCAUGCAGUUUCUGGCCCCUCCAAUCAAGCUCUCAGUGGAACCAUUGCAGAACUUUUCAUCCCUUUCCUACAGCAGGAAGUCCAUGAAGGGACCCUGGUGCAUGCCAUCUCUGUCCUUGCUCUCUGGUGCAACCGGUUCACCACUGAAGUGCCCAAGAAGCUGAUCGAGUGGUUCAAGAAAGCCUUCAGCCUUAAAACGUGCACUUCUGCUGUCAGGCAUGCAUAUCUCCAGUGCAUGCUGGCAUCCUUCAAAGGCAAUGUACUUCUGCAGGGGGUAGAGCUGAUGCCGUUGCUGCUCCAGACGGUGGAGAAAGCAGGGGCCCAGAGCACCCAGGUGCCCCUGGUCACGGAGGGCGUGGCGGCAGCUCUGCUGAUCUGCAGGCUCUCCGUGGCCGAUAUUCAGAUAGAGAACAAACUGAACAGCUUCUGGCAGCUGAUUCUAGAUGAGAAAAAGCAGGUUUUCACUUCUGAGAAGUUUCUGCAAUCUGCGUCGGAGGAAGCCAUGUGCACAGUUCUGCAGCUGACCGAGCGUCUCCUCUUGGACCACGAGCAUCAACUACCUGGUGCCAAACUCCAGCAGUAUCACAAAGCCCUGGCUGCAGUGCUUCUCAGCCGGUCAUGGUGUGUCCGAAGGCUCGCUCAGCAGACUGUGAGAAAGCUCUUGUCUUUGCCCAGAGGGUUCGAGCUGGCUUACGGGCUCUUAGAAGAGUUGAAAGUGGUUCUCAGUUCUCAUAAGGUGCUUCCCGUGGAGGCAUUGGUAACUGAGUCUGGAGAACUGUCGGAACAAGGGAAAAUGUACACGCCCCCUCGUGUUCUUCAGGAAAUGUUGUGUGUGAUCUCGUGUGUGGCAGGACUGGAGGGGGAUCCAGAGGAGAAGGAAAAGCUGGCCUUGGAGAUGCUACUCGUGAGCAGUCAUCCGUCUCUAGUAGUGGGGCAUUCUGGUCUUUGGCCAGCCCUCAUGACAAAGAUGAAGCUUGACCCUGUAGACUUCAUCACCAAAUACCUGGAGAAAGUUUUUGACCGAAUUAUCACCCAAAGCCCCAUGACUAAGUCAUCGCUGAACGCAGUGGGUGUGCUCUCCACCCUCUCCCCUGGCAGAGUCCUUCCUCAGGUGAUCAGCACCAUCUCCACCUCUCUGGAAAACCCCGCACUGUGUCAUGUGACCCAGGAGGAGUUUGCUAUCAUGAAAACGCCCGAAGGAGAGCUCUAUGACAAAUCCAUUUUGCACAGUGCCCAGCAAGACAGCCUGAAGAAGGCCAACAUGAAGAGGGAGAACAAAGCUUACUCUUUCAAGGAGCAGAUCAUUGAGCUGGAACUGAAGGAGGAGAUUAAGAAGAAGAAAGGAAUCAAGGAAGAGAUCCAGCUAACCAGCAAACAGAAGGAGAUGCUGAAUGCCCAGCUGGAAAAGGAGUCUCAGACCAGGAAGCAACUGCAAGAGCUUGACAAUGAACUGGAGUCUAUGCUGGGUCUUUUGGAUGCUGUUCUAAAGAGGAACCCUCCAGGACUCUCCCAGUAUAUCCCUUCUCUUGUAGACUCCUUCCUGCCUCUCUUAAAAUCUCCACUGGCUGCUCCAAGGAUUAAGGACCCCUUCCUUUCUUUGGCAUCUUGCGUGAUGCCUCCUUGGCUGAAGACGUUCGGUACCUUAGUGAGUCAUGUGACUUUGCGGAAAAUGAAACCAGAAUGUGACUUGGACGAAUCUUGGUGCCAAGAAGACCUGCCCACUGCUGUGAACAGAGUUAUUAACCUGCUGCAUGCGCACACCGUCCCUGGCCGGACGAGCAAAGGAGAGGCAGGUCCUUUGCCGUUAUCAGCCCCGGCAUUUUCCUUGGUCUUCCCGCUCCUCAAGAUGGUGCUGCUUGAGACUCCCAAUGACAGUGAAGAGAAGGAAGAACUCCUGGUCAAGGCUCUGCAGACCAUCAUGGUUCAUGCCCAGCUGAGGUCCAGCAACCAGAAUCUCCUGGUGGACGAGAAUGGUCCUGAGCUUCUGCCUCGCACAGAGAUGCUGCUGCUUCUCACCAAAGUGAUUGGAACUGGCUCUCCACGGUUACAGGUUUUGGCUUCCAAUGCACUGUCCGCCUUGUGUGCAAGCAGCAGCGGAGAAGACGGCUGUGCCUAUGCGGAGCAGGAGGAGAUAGACGUCUUACUCCAGGCCCUUCAGUCUCCCUGCAUGAAUGUCCGGGAUGCAGCUCUCCGGGGCUUGAUGGAGCUGCAGCUGGUGCUGCCAACCCCGGACAGCGACGAGAAGAACGGGCUGAACCUCCUGCGCCGCCUCUGGGUGGUGAAGUUUGACAGGGACGAGGAAAUCCGGAUGUUGGCAGAGAGGCUGUGGGAGACAAUGGGUUUGGAGCUGCAGCCGGAUAUCUGUGCAGUCCUCAUCAAAGACGUCAUCCACUAUGAGGAAGCCGUGCGCCAGGCGGGCGCGGAGGCACUUUCCGAAGGCGUGGAACAAUAUAGAAGCCAGACGAAGGAUGUCAUGACCAAGCUGAUGGAGAUUUAUCAGGAGAAGCUCUAUAGGCCGCCUCCAGUUCUGGACGCUCUGGGACGUGUGAUCUCUGAAUCUCCCCCUGACCAGUGGGAAGCCAGGUGUGGCAUUGCCUUGGCCUUGAACAAACUCUCUCAGCACCUGGAUAGUUCAGAAGUGAAGCCCCUUUUCCAGUUCUUUGUACCGGAUGCCCUUAACGAUCGCAAUCCUGAGGUCCGGAAGUGUAUGUUGGAUGCAGCCCUCUCGGCACUUAACACCCAUGGCAAGGACAGUGUUAACUCCCUGCUGCCGGUGUUUGAGGAAUUCUUGAAGAAUGCCCCCAACGACGCCAGUUACGAUGCCGUCAGGCAGAGCGUGGUGAUCCUGAUGGGCUCCCUUGCCAAGCACUUGGACAAGAACGACCCCAAAGUGAAACCCAUUGUUGCCAAGCUGAUAGCUGCGCUCUCCACGCCUUCCCAGCAGGUCCAGGAGUCUGUGGCCAGCUGCCUCCCGCCUCUGGUGCCUGCAGUCAAAGAGGACACCGGAGGAAUGAUACAGAAGCUGCUGCAGCUGCUGCUGGAGUCGGAUAAGUACGCCGAACGGAAAGGGGCCGCCUAUGGCCUUGCUGGCUUGGUGAAGGGCCUGGGCAUCCUCUCCCUCAAGCAGCAGGAAAUGAUGGCCACGCUGACCGAUGCCAUCCAGGACAAGAAGAACUUCCGGCGGCGAGAAGGGGCCCUCCUUGCCUUUGAGAUGCUCUGCACCAUGCUCGGGAAGCUCUUUGAGCCCUACGUGGUCCACGUGUUGCCCCACCUGCUGCUGUGCUUCGGAGACGGGAAUCAGUACGUCCGGGAGGCUGCCGACGACUGUGCCAAGGCAGUGAUGAGCAACCUGAGUGCCCAUGGCGUGAAGCUGGUGCUGCCCUCGCUGCUGGCUGCGCUCGAGGAAGAGUCCUGGAGAACCAAGGCUGGGUCUGUGGAACUGCUGGGCGCCAUGGCCUACUGCGCCCCCAAGCAACUCUCUUCCUGCUUGCCAAACAUUGUGCCGAAACUCACGGAGGUGCUCACCGACUCCCAUGUGAAGGUCCAGAAGGCUGGGCAGCAGGCGCUCCGUCAGAUUGGGUCUGUGAUCAGGAACCCGGAGAUCUUAGCCAUCGCUCCCGUUCUGUUGGAUGCUCUGACGGACCCAUCCAGGAAGACCCAGAAGUGCCUGCAGACCCUGCUGGACACCAAGUUUGUCCAUUUCAUUGACGCCCCCUCCCUGGCCCUCAUCAUGCCCAUCGUCCAGAGAGCUUUCCAGGAUCGUUCCACUGACACCAGGAAAAUGGCAGCCCAGAUCAUUGGGAAUAUGUAUUCCCUGACGGAUCAGAAGGACCUUGCUCCGUACCUGCCGAGUGUGACACCUGGCCUGAAAACCUCUCUGCUGGACCCGGUGCCUGAGGUACGCACCGUCUCGGCAAAGGCGCUGGGGGCCAUGGUGAAGGGGAUGGGGGAGUCCUGCUUUGAGGACCUGCUGCCCUGGCUGAUGGAGACCCUGACCUACGAGCAGAGUUCGGUGGACCGGUCCGGAGCCGCACAAGGUCUGGCUGAAGUCAUGGCUGGUUUGGGGGUCGAAAAGCUGGAGAAGCUGAUGCCAGAAAUUGUGGCCACAGCCAGCAAAGUGGACAUUGCCCCCCACGUCCGGGAUGGCUACAUCAUGAUGUUCAACUACCUCCCAAUCACCUUUGGGGAGAAGUUCAUCCCUUACGUUGGGCCCAUCAUCCCCUGCAUCCUGAAGGCACUGGCAGACGAGAAUGAGUUUGUGCGGGACACUGCCCUGCGCGCCGGGCAGAGAAUCAUCAGCAUGUAUGCGGAGACGGCCAUCGCCCUCCUCCUGCCGCAGCUGGAACAAGGGCUUUUCGAUGACCUCUGGCGGAUCAGAUUCAGCUCCGUUCAGCUCCUGGGAGACCUCCUGUUCCACAUUUCAGGAGUCACAGGGAAGAUGACCACAGAGACCGCCUCUGAAGACGACAACUUUGGAACUGCCCAGUCCAACAAAGCAAUCAUCAAUGCCCUUGGCGUAGAGCGGAGGAAUCGGGUCCUGGCGGGGCUGUACAUGGGCCGCUCAGAUACCCAGCUGGUCGUCCGCCAGGCAUCCUUGCACGUCUGGAAGAUUGUGGUUUCGAACACACCGCGCACGCUCCGUGAGAUUUUGCCAACCCUCUUUGGCCUCCUGUUGGGGUUCCUGGCCAGCACUUGUGCGGACAAGAGAACAAUUGCUGCACGGACGUUGGGGGACCUUGUCCGCAAGCUGGGCGAAAAGAUCCUUCCGGAAAUCAUCCCCAUUUUGGAAGAAGGCCUGAGGUCUGAGAAGAGCGACAAGCGGCAAGGCGUCUGCAUUGGCCUGAGCGAGAUCAUGAAAUCCACAAGCAGGGAUGCUGUGCUGUGUUUCUCUGAGUCCCUUGUCCCAACCGUGAGAAAAGCUCUGUGUGACCCUCUGGAAGAAGUCCGAGAAGCCGCCGCCAAAACCUUUGAGCAACUGCACUCGACCAUCGGCUUUCAGGCUCUGGAAGACAUCCUGCCCUUCUUGCUGAAGCAGCUGGAGUGCGAAGAGACUUCAGCGUUUGCUUUAGACGGCCUGAAGCAAGUGAUGGCGGUGAAGAGCCGGGUGGUGCUGCCUUACCUGGUGCCAAAGCUGAUUUCUCCUCCUGUCAACACCCGAGUCCUGGCAUUCCUCUCCUCGGUGGCUGGCGACGCUCUGACGCGGCAUCUUGGCGUCAUUUUGCCUGCCAUGAUGUCGGCACUCAAGGAGAAGCUGGGGACGAGUGAAGAGCAGCAGGAGAUGUUGAACUGCCAGGCUGUCAUUCUGUCUGUGGAGGAUGAGGCCGGGCAGCGGAUCAUCAUUGAGGACCUCCUGGAAGCGACGCGCAGCCCUCAGGUGGGGCUACGGCAGGCGGCCGCGGUCAUCUUGAACAUCUACUGCUCCAAGUCCAAGGCGGACUACACGGCCCACCUGCGGAACCUGGUCUCAGGCCUGAUCCGACUCUUCAACGACAACAACUCUGUGGUUCUGAAUGAAAGCUGGGAUGCCCUCAAUGCCAUCACCAAGAAACUCGAUGCUGGGAACCAGCUAGCUCUCAUCGAGGAUCUGCACAGAGACAUCCGCGUGGUGGGGAGUGAGGCCAGCGGAGGGCACGUGCCGGGGUUCUGCAUUCCCAAGAAGGGCGUGACCUCCAUCCUGCCCGUCCUUCGGGAAGGAGUCCUGACCGGCAGCUCGGAGCAGAAGGAGGAAGCCGCCAAGGCCCUGGGGCUGGUGAUCAAACUGACCUCUGCAGAGGCCCUGAAGCCUUCGGUCGUCAGCAUCACGGGGCCUCUCAUCCGCAUCCUGGGAGACCGGUUCAGCUGGAACGUCAAGGUGGCUCUGCUGGAAACCUUGAGCCUUUUGCUGGCCAAGGUGGGCAUUGCCUUGAAGCCGUUCUUGCCUCAGCUGCAAACCACCUUCACAAAAGCACUGCAAGAUCCCAACCGUGUGGUCCGCCUAAAAGCCGCAGACGCGCUGGGGAAACUGAUCGCCAUCCACGCCAAGGUUGACCCACUCUUCACUGAACUGUUGAAUGGUGUCCGCACCAGCGAGGAUUCUGGCAUCAGAGACACGAUGCUGCAGGCGCUGCGGUUCGUCACUCAGGGCGCUGGUGCCAAAGUGGAUGCUGCCAUUCGGAAGAACAUGCUCACGGUCCUGCUCAGCAUGCUGGGACACGACGAGGAUGCCACACGCAUGGCCUCGGCGGGCUGCCUGGCGGAGCUGUGUGCGUUCAUGGCGGAAGAAGAACUCGGCAGCGUGCUCCACAACCAUCUGCUAGCGGAUGUCUCGGGCAUUGACUGGAUGGUGAGGCACGGGCGCAGCCUGGCCCUCUCGGUGGUGGUCAGUGUGGCCCCUGGCCGAGUGUGCGCCCCCAAGUACUUGAACAGUGUCCAUGAGAUGAUCUUCACCAACGCCACUGCUGACCGGAUCCCAAUUGCCAUGAGUGGCAUCCGAGGGAUGGGCUUUCUGAUGAAGCACCACAUAGAGGCCAACGGAGGGAACUUGCCUCCCAAGCUCUCCAGCCUCUUUGUUAAGUGUCUCCAGAAUCCCUCCAGUGACAUCAAAUUAGUUGCAGAAAAAAUGAUCUGGUGGGCCAAUAAAAGCCCCCUCCCUCCCCUGGACCCCCAGACCGUGAAGCCCAUCCUGAAGGCUCUUCUGGACAAUACAAAAGACAAGAACACCAGCGUGAGAGCCUACAGUGACCAGGCCAUUGUCAAUCUCCUGAAGAUGAGAGACGGCGAGGAAGUGCUUCAGUCUGUCUCCAGGAUCCUGGAUGCUGCCAGUUUGGACCUGCUGAACGAGAGCUGCCGGCGAUCCCUGAAGAAACUUGCGAGUCAAGCUGACUCUGUCGAACAGGUUGACGACACAAUCCUCACAUGAUUUAGGAGAUGCGGAAGACACGUUGGCCCUUGGACCUGUCACUGCCUCACCAUCACAACUCGACACCAACAGAAAUGUUUUCAUUUUUGAAAAUGCGAAAUCUGGGAGCUUAUGAAAAGGGCUUCCGGAGUAUUUUAAUACAAGAAAUAUACCAGAAUAGCCUUAAUUAGAGUUCCACUAGCUUAAAAAUCUAUAUAGAAAGAAUUUGGCCCCCUUUUUGGGAAGACAGAGUAUCCAGCAAAGAGUCUGGCAACAAGUAAUUGGUGGUUGGUUCUGUGGUUCUCUUCCCUGCUGUCAAAGGAGCAGUUGCCACUCAGUGUACGUGGAAGUAGAAUUAUGUGAGCGUCGAGUGUUUUACUUUAAUGUACUGCUGACGGUUUGCAAUUCUGAAGGCUGCAAAUUCUGUAAAUCAAACUGUUUAAAGAGCCUUGGAGGCAAAAGGGGGGUGAAAAGCAGCUGUUUAAAUGACCAUUUAAUAAAAAGCUUUGAACUGAA